GCGGCGGCCCUUGGCGCUGAGGGGGCGCGCGGCGUCGGCCUCUGCCCGGGCCGAUCCUGCCCCGGCGGUGCCUUUCCCGGCGGCCGCCCCGCUCCUUGUCGCUCUCUCCUGCCUCCCGCCGCGAGCAGCCGGGGCCUCCUCCAUGCGGGAGAAGAGGAGGAGGAGGAGGAGGUGGGAGCUGCUCGCCGGCCAUCUCCGGCGCCCGGCAAGUCGGAGCCGACCCGCCGCCGCGCCGCUCCUGCCGCAUCUCCCCGCGGCGCGGAGCCGGCCCUGAGCUCUGCCCGCGGCGCCGCCCCCGGACCCCUCCUCAUAGUCUUGCCCCCCACCCUCCUUCCAGUCUUCCCGGACGCCUCCUCCUGGUCUUCCUCCUUUUUUGUUUUUGUUUUUGUUUUUUAUUCCUCUCCAUUCUCCCUCUCCCUCACCACCCCCCUCCACCCCCCCCCCCCCCCCCCCCCUUUGGUUCUCACCCUGGCUGCGAGCAAAGCGUCUUCAUGAGCGCAGAGGAUGUCCGGAAAGCACUACAAGGGGCCUGAAGUCAGUUGUUGCAUCAAAUAUUUCAUCUUCGGCUUCAAUGUCAUUUUCUGGUUCCUUGGCAUAGCAUUUCUUGGGAUUGGAUUGUGGGCAUGGAAUGAAAAGGGAGUGCUGUCCAAUAUCUCCUCCAUCACUGACCUGGGAGGCUUUGAUCCUGUUUGGCUCUUCCUAGUGGUAGGAGGAGUAAUGUUCAUUUUGGGAUUUGCAGGAUGCAUUGGAGCUUUACGAGAAAACACUUUUCUUCUCAAAUUUUUCUCUGUAUUUCUUGGAAUUAUUUUCUUCUUGGAGCUCACUGCUGGUGUUCUAGCAUUUGUUUUCAAAGACUGGAUAAAGGACCAGCUGUAUUUCUUUAUAAACAACAACAUCAGAGCAUACCGAGAUGACAUUGAUUUACAAAACCUCAUAGACUUCACACAGGAAUAUUGGCAGUGCUGUGGGGCUUUUGGAGCCGAUGACUGGAACCUUAAUAUUUACUUCAAUUGUACAGAUUCCAACGCGAGUCGAGAGCGCUGUGGUGUGCCAUUCUCUUGCUGUACUAAAGACCCUGCUGAAGAUGUUAUUAAUACUCAGUGUGGCUAUGAUGCAAGGCAAAAACCAGAAGUUGAUCAGCAGAUUGUUAUCUACACUAAAGGCUGUGUCCCUCAGUUUGAGAAAUGGUUGCAGGACAACCUUACCAUAGUUGCUGGUAUAUUCAUUGGGAUAGCAUUACUGCAGAUAUUUGGGAUAUGCUUAGCCCAGAAUUUGGUUAGUGACAUUGAGGCUGUCAGAGCCAGCUGGUAAAACUGCUGAAGUAACCACAACAAGACACUGGACAACCGAAACCCUCUGAAACCUCCAGUGUGUCACUCCGACACCAAGCUGUAUGGACAUGGGUGACAGGGAAGCCUUCUCUCCCAAGUAGUCUCAAGUCUAAGUUCCUGAUAUUGCAGUGAACUCGUGUUUCUUUGGGGUGGGGGAGAGAAGAGUGGGCUAUUGAAAAUCUGCUGCUCACUGACAAUUUUUUUUUUCUUUUAAACCACCACUUUGAAAGCUGUUGAGCCGUGAAUCUCUACUGUAUUCUUGAUUUUGAGUAACAAGUGGACACUUUUUUAAAUUGGUGUAUUCAGUGAGACAGAGUUGCAUUGUUGUAGUCUGUGGAUAUGCUGUUUAUUCUUCAUGUCAUGAGCUCUUUGAUAGCUGCCAAAUAUUCCUGAGAUGGUCUAUCUCCUCACCACUCUGUAAAGGAACAAUCUUCUUGUUUUCACAGCUAAACAUAGCUACAGGCCUAAACCCAUGAAGGAGGAAGCAACUUUCUAUGCAUCUAUUGUACAGUAAAAAAAAUUGUUUUUAAAACAAGGGAAAUUUUUUUUUUAUGCAAGCUCCCAACCAUCUCCCUGUAGUACUUUGAGGUUGGAAUCAGCAACAGGGAGAAUUGCUUAAUUUUGUCAAGAUCUUUUUUCCUUCUCCACUGUUGUAUGAAGGGAAAGGAGUUUUAUAUUUGACAAACAAGGGUUGCUGCCAUACCUUUGGGUAUCAGUCUCUUAAGGCAAGGAUGGGAUAUAACUGUAUAAAUGUAUGAAAGCAGUGUGGAUGUUGGGUCCAAGUGAAGAAUAAUAUUCAAAGAAUGAAUUAUAUAUUAACUUAAAAAAAAUUGAAACUUAUGUAUCUGAUAUGGCAAAACCUUUUGUUUCUCUGAAAUUUAGUGUAACCUAAUGUAUUUAGGGAUCUCACUAAUAUUAAUGCUUUGACAUACUCAUGCGAAGCUUGUUUCUUUGGUCUGUUCCUAGUUGGGGCUUUGGUCUUUCUUUUUUCUUUUACUUUUCUUUAAUUCUUUUUACUUGCAUGAGCUGUGGAAUAAGAAUCUGUGACACUCCAGUGCUUUAAAUAUGUGCAUAUGUUUUAAUACAGUCUAAUCCAAACUUAUUUAUUGAUAAAUGCAUGUGAUUAUGGAAAGAUCGUAUAUCCCAUUCUCUUGGAAGUUGGAGAGAACAGUUUUUGCCAGAGUAAAUGCUUACCUCCAGUGAACGAAUCCAUGCUAUGGGGAUGUGUCUCCCUUUCCCGCUCUAAAGGCAACAAAGAGCUUUCUUGAAGCAACAGAAUAAGAGUCUUAAAAUAGAAACAUUUAUUAGGAUCAGCUAAGACAGACCCUUUUGAAUUGGACACAAGAAAGCAGAAUAUGGAAAAAAGCACAAAUAGUGACAGAAGACUUAGAUCAGGCUCCAUCCAGCUUAGCGCUUUUGAUUUGUUCUUCUUCACUAAUAAUAGUGAACUUAAAGACCUGACCAUGCCUUGGGUAGUUUAUUGCACUUUGUAUAAAUUGAGCUUGUUUUAUGACCCUUCUCAGUAUCUCCUAUACCAGUCCUGAAAGCUGUGGUGCUGCUUUGGUCAGACAGCUGCGAAGGGAGUGUAGCACCUCUUUGUAAGAAUGUAACAUCUUUCUCAGUUGAGUUUCCUAAAAUAGGAGGCAUGUGGAGUAGAAGAGAGGAAUACGUUGCUUUCAAAGCUUCCUUGUUGUGGGGGAUAAAUAGAAGGCUGAUCUGAUGACCUGUUAAGGCCCUUUCUGGUCCUGUGACUGUUAAACAAAUGAAUAUAUGUACCCUUGCACAUUUGGCUUUCUGUGCUUUAGUUGGCCACAGUUUUUCUCCCCUCUGAAGGCUGGCGAUGGGCAUGCUGGUGCUUCACAGAUGCCUCAGACAGACCCAUUGUCCUCCCAUCUUUGAGCAUUACCUCAUCCUCUUCUGGUUAACUCCCGCUGACUGGCUCUGAAUCAGGCAGCCUCCAUAUCCCUUGGUAUCUGCUGUUAAAGGCCAGCCAUGACUCAGAGUAUUUUUUUAAAGCCUUUCAAAGCAAUUAUAAUUCACUGUCCUUAAUAAAGUUGGUUCCACCUCAGCACAGUGUUAUCUUUUUCUUAGCCACUCCUCAACUUGAGGAGUUACUGGUUGUUUUUCCCCAGAGGGACAUACUAUUUUGCCUGAUAGUUGCAGGACAGACAGAUCAUCAGCACCAGUGUUGCUGCACUGAGACAAAAUGGUGCAGGGAGGAAUCAGGGAAGUGGGGUUGAGGAAAUAACCCCUCCACCAAAGAGCCUUGAUUGUGAUCCUGGGCUUUGGUUUGGAGGGAAAACAAAAAGCCUAAUUACAGAAACAUUCCUUGUUGCCACUGAUCUUGAAUUCUGCUGUUGCUGCUCUGAGCUUCUGAAGAUAGCUUCAUUCUUCUACUUGAAUCUCUGCAGUUGUACUGUAUUGGCCUUCUGUCUUGUCAUGCUGUUCUCUGAGUUCCAGUCUGCUGGCUGUGCUGUUGGCAGUGUCACACUGAUAGGAGGGUAAAUGCUCCAAGCUGAGCAAAUCUUGUUCUCGCAACUUGCACGUCUACUCACAAAUGUGCAACACUUCUGCUGAAUCCCAGAAUGACUGACUGUUCUUACAAAAACCACUAAAUAACUUAUUUUUCUAGAGCUUGUCUUUAUUGCUGCAGAUGUGGAUCCUUUUCCCUCCCUCAUUUCCAAGAGAUACUUAUUUACUCAUUUUUGCAGUUGUUUGAUGGAUGUGCACUGAAUGUUUAGGAUUAGCUGUCUAUGUUACACAUUUAAAUCCCACAUGUUUUUUGUCUACAGAUCAGGUAAGGUGUCCUAGAAACGUCCCAUCAGCAGCUUCUCAGCAGCUUAGGUGUCCAGUUUGGAAAGCUUGUGGGAGGCCUUGGAAAUCGAUGUAUUAGUGUCAGAGCCUGCCAAAUACAAGCAAACUUUCUUUCAGGAAACUUUGUAAAGUUCAGGUGAGCUGCGAAUAAAGCACAACUGCUGGCUGCAAGGGCUCAGUGUCUAAAGCAAUAAGAUAUGGUAGGUGCUAGGACUCCAUGGCAAUUUCUAGCCUGCCUGGUGUGGUGGUGGGGUUAGAUGUGGGUUCAGAGAUCAGUCUAAUUAUCUUUAAUGUGCAGUAGUUGUUCAGAAAUUUGUUGUCAGGCUUACGGAGUGUGAAACAGCUCUGUUUGCUGGGUAAUUCUUGUGGAGUAGUGGCAUUGCUAAUGAGGAGUCUGGUAGCUCAGCAGCAGCCCUGGCUUUAAAGCUAUUUCCAUAUAUCCCAUUGAGCCCUGCCAGAGGGCAUCACAGUCCUUGCUCCUCUGCUUUCUAAAUACCCUCUGUAUUCACAGGCCUUUCUGUUGUUUGGGGUUUUGUGUUUUUUUUUUUUUUUUUUUUUGAUUAAUAGCCUAAUGGACAAAUGUUUGAUUCAUCUCUGUCUGUUAUGGUAGCAGUAGGAUCUCUUUGCUUAACAUCCAUAAUUUUGAUUGUGCCCCUUAGAGUUUCAAGCUGUGGGGGUGCUUGCUCAAGUGUACUCUGUCCCGAAAGCCUUCUUCUCUCCCCUUUGAGAGAGAUGCUCAUUGUAGUUCUCGUGUGUAAAUAGUGUUUGAAAUGUAAAUAGUAGCAUGCAGAUUAAAUGAUUCUUGCACAUGACUGCUUUUCAUCCUGAAAGUGUUCAUUAUGGAUAGGAAAGGUGUCCACCGGGAGAGUUUGCUGGUGAAUCCCGAGUGGUUGUCCGGGCUGUCCCUCGCCCUGAUGGAGCAGCAGGAGCACCUCAGCCUGUGCUCGCAUGUCUGCCCAGUGGGUGGGUGGCUGCACCUGUGCAAGGUGAAGCCCUGGCCAGCCCUUUGGGCUCUGGCUAGUGGCAGGGCCUCCCUUGCCUUUUCCCUUUGCUGCUUGGCAUUAGAACAGCAUUAGACUGUAAAGUGGAGAGUUGGUGGCAGCACCUCCUACCAGUUUGGGAGGUUGCCAUCACUUGUGGCAGGACUAAACAUGGUGCUAUAAGAACUGUCCUGGACAUCAAUCUGUGUUUCUACUACUUUAGAGAUGCCCUUGUUAAAAUUGGUCUUGAUUAAUAUGGUUGGUUAUGAGAGAAACUAUUGUCUGAAUUUUUGAUUCUGUUUCCCUUCUUGCUGUGUAUGUCUUUUGGGUGCAUUGAAGUAGCAGUUCUGCAAAUACCUAGGAAGGAGAUUAGACCUCAAAAGGUGUCAAGCACUGCUGAAUGUUCCAAUUCCAGUUCCUCCCUUUUUGUUUUUUUCUCUGAAUCUUUUUCAGAUACUUGUAACAGGUGAUGAAACUGUCUAAAACAAAUGAAAUAAUACUUCUCUGAUCUAUUAGCUACCAAAUUUUGCCACUUGAAAAAAAGAAAUAAAAACUGUCUCCCUUAACAUGCAGUAUAAGAAGAAGUGUUGUACUACUAGCGUGCACGAGGCAGCACUGCUAGUUGUCUUCUGUGUUUUGGCGAUAUAAAUGUGUUAAUAAAAAACUCCAUCUGUAUGUGUGUUCAUGUUCACGCUGUGUACAUAGUAGAGAUGGACCUUGAGCUCUGGGGAGAUCAGGAAUUUGAGUUUGUGACUCAGAGCUGUUUCUGAUAUGUAUAUUCCAGAUUAGUUCCAGCUGAAUCUUUCUCUCUGGUUCAUCUGAAGGUGUACAGCAAGGUGUCAAUAUUUACCCUUUGUGUAUCAUUCCUUUUUAUACGAAUGUAUUCUCUUGUGUUCCUUUUUUAUCAGUUGUAAAAUUGAUUGUAAAAGCCAACUACACAUACCGAUUGAAAGUAUUGCUAUAACAGAACUGCAUGCCCAGUAGAGUUUGACUUGAGCUUUAGUUUUCUGAGUUCAGACUGGUUCCCUUCAGUGUAGGAGAAAAGCAUAGAUCAGGUGCAUAAUGUAUUACUUGUCAUCUUUAGCAUUAGACUGUGGUAUUGUAUCACAUGCUGAUCUCAAUGGAUGUAACUGGAGUCUACUUAGGAAGUUAAUGCAACUUCCUGGUAAUUCAUUUUAAGCUAUUGAAAAUGGUCUUGGUCAUGCUACUUGUGUUCUUGGGUUUUUGUUUUUUAAUAGAGGCAUUUUUUAGGAAUGUUUUAAUACACUUAUGAUGGACAAUACAAUAGUUUUAAUAGUUGUGCAGUAUUCUGUAUUUACUUGAAGUAAAUCAUUUUAUAUGCAAUUUGUUAGAUAAUUACAAUUUUAUAAAUAAAAUUGUGUGAAAUAUGA